GAAGAGGAAGCCAUUAUGAAAUGGGAGAAGUUAAAGCCUCCAGAGCCAGACGAUCCUAUGUGCUGCUGCGAAUGUGACAUCUAUCAGUAUGGAUGCUGCUGUGACUGCGAAGAUUUGGACGAAGCCUUCAACAGGUGGCUGAAGGACAGACCAUCUAAAGGUCUAUGUCAGUCCUCUGUUCUUGGGGCUGUGAUCGACAACCUGGAGAUCUCCAUGAUCCCAGCUCUGGUGCUCCUGCCUCUCCUGCUGCAGGUUGCAUCACUGCAUUACCUGCUGGGCAUCAUCAUCCUCACAGCUCUGCCCGGCCUGGUCCUCUGGUACUACUACGCCACGCACCGGAGGAAGAGACGCACCCUCUUCUUCCUCACCCUUGCACUCUACUCCCUGGCCUACAUGUAUUACCUCUUCAUCACAGAGAUUUUACCACGCGGGGACGUCAGCCCGGUGCAGGCGUGUACUUUGACUGCUGGGAUGUUUGUCACCAUUGGCUCUCUCAUUCACACCAAGCGAGGCCCAGGUUUUGUGACCACUUCUCUCUGUGAGAUGCACAACAAGGACUCUGCACAGCUUAAAGGAGCCACUCAGUCAGACGCCGCCUCCUCCUCCUCCUCCUCCAACGGGAAUGAAACAAAAGCAGCCGCGACAUCCAAAUGGAGCAGGUGCUCCGUGUGCAACAUAGUGCGACCCCCACGGGCUGGACACUGUCGAACCUGUGGUUCCUGCGUCCAGCGCCUGGACCACCACUGUAUCUGGAUAAACAGCUGUGUCGGACAGGCAAACCACCGCAGCUUCCUGCUGACCCUGUCUGUGUUCGUGCUGACGUCCCUGUACGGGAUCAGACUGGUGCUUUUCAGCCUCUGCCCUCAGCAGUAUGUCGCGACGGCUCUCUUCUACUGCCCCAGUGUCUACAGUCAGUCCAGCACGGCACUUUGCUUCACCUGUGCUUGGUACAGCAGCAUUGUGACAGGUGGACUGUUGUACCUGUUAGUGGUGCAGGUUAUUAAUAUCAGCUUCAACGUGACAGAGCGAGAGGCUCAGCUGGCUCUGAGGAACAAACUGGGCCAGAGCCGCCUGUGGGGGCUUGUCGUGGUCACAGGAGAACAUUCACGUGGCUUCUGUCAGAACUGGGUUGAGUUCCUCACAAUGACAGACACCUCAAUGGCAGGGAAGUGGUACCUGAUUGGAUUUGCCACUAAUGCCCAGUGGUUUGUCCACCGCAGAGGUAGCAUGAAGAUGGGUACGGCCAUGAUCACCGCAAAUGCCGAUGGAGACCUGGACAUAUCAUACGCCAGCCUCACCUCUGGUGGCUCUUGCUGGAGAAUGAACAGCCAGGCGAAGGCGACUGCUCUUCCAGGAAGGUUCACAUACAAGAACGAGAACCGGGGAAGUGAGAAUGACAUGCGCGUGGUUGAGGUGAAGUACGACGAGUACGCUCUGGCUCACACCAUCAAGACAGAGGGGGGUGAUACCACCGUUAUCAACAAACUAUAUGGACGAGGAGUGGACCUCAGCGCCAACCUCCUGGAGAAGUUCAAGCAGUUUUCCUUGGACACUGGCGUCCUCCCGGAUAAUAUUGCUAUCCUGCCAAAAAAUGCGGAAUGUCCAGCUGCCUAGGUUUCUGCCAUCCGACAUCAGCCCUGACACCUGAAGACGCUCAACUUUGUUGUGAAUAUUAAACAAUGAGACAAUACAGUUAUUUUGGUUGAUUAACACUGCUCUGUUAAACGCCAUUUUAAGCUUGCAAUACGAGUAAACAUGAUGUGGAGCCAUGUUCCAGUGACACUUUGCCUUUAUAUCAGUAAUUCCCAUGGUCAAAAUGUAUGUUUAUAGUUUGAAAUAACAUGCAUAAAAUUAAGUUUUAAUUCA